AUGCCGUUUGGCUAUGGAUGUAGAAGUAGGAUAGUGAAGCAGGUACCAGCUAAACCUACGAUUCGGACCUUACCGAUACUGCAAGAACUAGGCACACCCGGGCCGAACCAUUAUGAACCUCCAGAUUUAAACGCUGGCAAAGGAUUUUCAAAUAUAAAACGUCCACCAGCUUACUCGUUCGGUAGAGUUCUGAAACCUUGUUGGGCCCCAGCGGUUUCACCCGAUGCACCGUUGGUCGAUAUCAGUGGAAACAGCAAAAAAGGGCAUCAUAGAAUCCCAGGAGGUUUAAUGAUGUAUAAAACGGAGCUGCCUGAGGAUAAACUGAGGAGACCAGGGCCUGGUGCCCACGAGCCCAACUUUCACGUACAGGUUAAGCGCCUACCAGCGUACAGCAUGCGGCUUGCACCCAAGCCUCCAUAUCAGUCGUUCGAUUCCUGGACCCCGCCACCCAACAUGUACUGUCCUCCUAUACCAAAACCAAAACCACCAUCAUUCAGUUUCCGAUACAGAAACGACAUAGACUACACCAGUAAGACACCUGGUCCAGGUCAACACAACCCUAAUCACGAUUAUGUACGAAAGAGGAAGCUUGCCUUCUCCUUCGGGCCUCGGUUCAAACCGGAGCGAGGCACAGAAUUUACUCCCGCGCCUAACACUUAUUGCGAAAAGAAGUUCAUGAUAAACAAGCCAUCAGUACCAGCUCCGAGCUUCGGCAUUCGACACAGUCCCUUCUUAGGAAAACGAGCUGUCAGUAUGAAGCCUUCGACAUCGAAAUGCGGAUCCGUCAAUACUGAGUACGAUCAAAGAUAUACAUGUGAUUUACUCGAAUUUUAA